CCCCUCCGGGCCAAGGUAGCGCGUGCAGCGAGAGGGAGGAGGGAGCAGGGGGCUGAGCUGAUCCCACGUGUGACGCUUUCAUUCCCGGCUCAGUAAUAUUCUCAUAGCGGGGCUUUGCAUAUCUCCUGCCGUAUCUGUGUGUGUCUGUCACUGUUACUGUAGUCCCAGCCUAUAGUUUGGAAUAGAUAUGGAAGGAGACGGGAGUCAAGCCACAUCCGGAAGCCUAAACGAUUCACAACAUGACCCGGGUAAAAUGUUUAUCGGUGGCCUCAGCUGGCAAACCUCACCAGACAGCCUUAGAGACUAUUUUAGUAAAUUCGGAGAAAUAAGAGAAUGUAUGGUGAUGAGAGACCCCACGACAAAACGCUCAAGAGGAUUUGGGUUUGUUACGUUUACAGAUGCUGCCAGCGUAGAUAAAGUCUUAGCUCAACAACACCAUGAAUUAGACUCAAAGACGAUUGAUCCUAAGGUUGCCUUCCCUCGUCGCGCCCAGCCUAAGAUGGUCACAAGAACAAAGAAAAUAUUUGUGGGAGGUUUGUCGGCAAACACAGUAGUGGAAGAUGUGAAGCAGUAUUUUGAACAGUUUGGGAAGGUCGACGACGCCAUGCUAAUGUUUGAUAAGACUACUAACAGACAUAGAGGAUUUGGUUUCAUAACUUUUGAGAGCGAGGACAUCGUAGAGAAAGUCUGUGAAAUUCAUUUUCAUGAAAUCAAUAACAAAAUGGUAGAAUGUAAGAAGGCCCAGCCCAAGGAGGUGAUGUUCCCACCGGGCACGCGAGGGAGAGCCCGGGGUCUGCCCUACACCAUGGAUGCCUUCAUGCUGGGAAUGGGCAUGCUGAGUUAUCCCAAUAUUGUGGCAACAUACGGCCGUGGAUACACUGGAUUCACACCCAGCUACAGUUACCAGUUUCCUGGCUUCCCGGCGACGGCGUACGGACCGGUGGCGGCGGCGGCAGUAGCAGCGGCGCGUGGCUCAGGUAGGGGGGCCCGUGGAAGAGGCGGAUACUUGGCGUACCCACAGAGCGCAGGGCCAGGCCUCCCCGAUUAUGGGUUUUACUCUGCGCCCAGUGACCAGAGGGGGGGGCCCUGCUCCUUUGCUGACUAUGCCUCCCUGGGGCCCCAAGCGGCUCAGAUGCUGCACAGUGAGCAUGCCACCUCCGCCUGCAACUCCCCCCUCCAGCACCUACACAGCCCGGAUCAGUUUAAGAACCCAGGCACCAACCCUUCGAGGCCCGGCGGCUUCCCAGGAGCUAACAGUCCCGGUCCAGUAGCUGACCUGUACGGCCCCAGCAGCCAGGAGUCUGCCGUGGGGAACUACAUCAGUGCUGCCAGCCCCCAGCCAGGGUCAGGCUUUGGCCCUAGCAUCACAGUGACGCUCUUCAACUCCAACAAGCACUACAGCGUCACUCAGGCAAAAAAUACCACCUACGAACGGACGGAAGCACGAAAAAAUGAGCGAAAAGUCUCAGAAAAACCAUAUGAAGAAGAAGAAGAAGAAGAAGAAAGGCAAAUGUUCGUCAUCUCAUAAAAAGAAACAACUGCUGUACUAUAAUCCAAACCUCCUAUACCUUUACAACCUGGUUUGGUCUGUUUCACUCACCCAAUACUCUUCCUCUGUUGUUAGCAUUUUCAGCUAGGUUUUAGUAAUGUUCUUUUAGUUUCAAUCCUUUUAUUUUUGUGACUCUUUAUUUGAUUGACUUUUUGUGUAAAUGUUUGAGUUUGUUUUCUGGAGAUUUUAUGAAGUGGUUUUAGCCAAGAAUAUUUGCAAGACAUCUUUGUAUGAAAAGGUAUUGGAUGUUUAAACUGAGUGUUUCCACCAAAAAAUGUUCAAAAUGUGGAAUACUCGAAGAAAAAAAUGAAAGAAAAUUUCAAGAAGGUAUCUAAGUAAUAAUCUUAGUAGCCGUUUCAUUUCUUGUGAUGUCUCAUUGUUAACCAUAAUUACCUAUUUUUGGGCAAUACAAAGAGGACUUCAAUAUUUUUAUGGUCCUUUUUUAUAAGUGUUGUUUUUGUUGUUUAGAAAUAUAUAUAUAUGCUAUAAUGAAAAUUUCAUAUACUACAUUGUGAAUUCAAACUUGAGAAAAAGAAAUGUAGCUGUACAUAUUAUUCCAAGUCACUGCAUAUAACCAACUCAGUGAGAAGAAUAGCAUAUUUUUGUGAUGGUCGUGUCAAAAAGAACAUGUUAUAGCGUGUGAAUAGAAGAAAAAGCUGUAAAAAAUUAUUAAUCUACUGUUUUUUUGUUUUUCUUUUCUGCUGGAAGAACGGUAUCUACUCCACAGACACACAUAAACUUGCUGUAAAUAGUUGUAAACGUCAUUUUGCAAGUGUCAUACCAGCAAAUUUAAAAAACAAGAUUGGUCUUUUUGUCUAACUGUUGCGAUAACAAGGUUUAAAAAAUCCAAAGCACACUGUAAUGAGAGGGGAAGAUUACAACUUGAAACAUUUUUUGCAGUGCAUCCUUUUAUACUCUCAAGAUUUUGUCACAUCCUGCUUGUCGUCGAAACCAUUCUAAUUCUUUAGAGAAACAGAAUAUCUGGUCUAUAAAUCCGUUCUCUUUUUUUAUUUUUUAUGACGUUUAAAACUUUUUGAUGCCAUACCUCAGCCUAGUGAGUUCAUUCUUGGCAGGUAUUAAUUUAUUCAAUUUUUUGAAACACUGAAACGAAAAGAAGCAAGGUUUUCAUUGCACUGUGAGUAGUCAAGUACAGGCCAUUUUUCCUAUUUGCACAUUGUAUAUGUUGUCAAAAACUGGCUCUGUGCGCAAAGAUAGUAUGAAGGAUUUCUAUGGGGUGAAAUAAUGUAUUCUCGAGUUGUAUGGAAACAGCUAGGGGACAAAAAGUAGACCUGCAGGCAUUGCCUUUAGAUAGAUCUUUAUAGCCACAUUCUGGUCUGGGGAGAUGAAUAUUUAUACAGGGUCACACACAAUUUAAGUGGUUUGUGUGCUUGAUAAUUUUACUCUUUCAAACAAUGAUAAUAAUAUUGAAUGCUAUCGUCCGCUUUAUACAAAAUCACUUAUGGAAUGAAUGGUCAGAAUUUUAAUUUUUCAUUUCAAACAACCAGGUAAAGAAAUAUGCUGGAUACUUCUAAUGGUAAAAUGGAGAUGAUGAUCAAGUAAUAACUUUAAAAAAUAUUAUAAAAAAUCUUGUAAUGUUGAAAUGUAAAAGAAAAAAAUACAAAACUAUAAAAAAAAUGAAAGAUGCUUCUUUGCUGGUUUUAAUCAAAGUUUUAUUGAUACUUUGUGGUUUAUAUAUGAAUAAUUGUAAAAUACUAUUAAAAUGUACUGUGCAUCCAUUGCUUUCUUCUCCUCUUCCAUCCCCCCUCCCAUAUCUCCUAAGAACCUCCUAAUCUUCUCUUCUUUUGGUUGGUCACUCAUGUAUUCAUUAGUGUGUAAAAAGCCACAGUUAACUUGUAAACUCAGUGCUGUCUUUGAUACCAGUGUAGUGAUCUAUGUUGUCCCCUCUCGCUCUACCUCUCCUUCCUCUCUCUCUCUCUCGCACCCUCCUCUUCCUCCUCUUCUAUCUCCUGUAAUUACAAGUAGAUGUUAAAUAGGACUCAUUAUAUAAUACUCGUAGUGAAUAGUGGACUUAGGACCAGUCAAGAUAAUAGACCUUUCUCAAAACAUGAGAUUUGCAGACAUUUUUUUAUAGAUCAUUGUACUUUUUUUGUCACUCCCAAUGUAUGUUUUUUCUCAUGUGGUCACAGCUAACCAAAGCUCUCAUGGAUGAACAAUACAAGAAAAACUUUUUUGCUGUAAAGGUGGAAUUGUACACAAGGCAUUAUUUGGAUCCCCACCCUUGAAUGUUUCCAAAAGGGGUGUGCCAUACUACCUUAAAUCCUGACGCUAGAUAUGCAAGUGGACUUGUGCUUAUAAUGUCACCAGCAAGUUUGAACCUCAUUAACAUCCAUACAUUUUCAAGCCUGCUGUGCCAGUCAGCGUGCUAAUUUAAGCCAAGGUUGAUUUCACGCUCACCGCCAUGAGCUAAAAUCAAUCCGAACUAUGAAAUUACAGCAAAAUACAUGCAUAACGCUAUUAAAAAUUAUUGGUUGGAUAUUUUCCCUCAAGUGCUCCCCAGAGUCAGACCCCCUCUAUACACUAAACGCUACACAAAAACAGUGCAAACUCCAGCGGCACAUCAACUCAGGGUUUGGCCUUUCAAUUUCAAUUAAAGCUAAUUCAGUCUCCUAUCAGUUAUUCAAUUCACUGCACCACAUGGUGUCUUUAAAUCCAAUCUGCUCACAUUAAUAAACAGCAUUAGUGUCCCUGUUUAUAAUUCUCCUUUAGUAAAAACGCCAAAUGACAGUUUCAAAGAUAUAAACUAUGGAGGUUAGAUUAUUUCAAAAGCACUAAUGUAAAUAUGCUGUGCAGGGCUGUGUGGGGCCUGACAAUCCUAAACAGGGUUAAAUUGUGCAAACAGCCAGCAAAAGCAACAAAUAAUGUAAAGAGGAAAAGCCUAUAUUUUAUUUGAAAUCAAUGUUUAACAUGUCUAUAGACCAGAUGGACUUGUGGUGAAAUAGUUUGAAGAUUGAUUAUCCAAUCAAUAAUUUAGUGGCUGCAUUAUUAUUAUUAUUAUUAUUAUUAUUAUUAUUAUUAUUAUUAUUAUUAUUAUUAUUAUCAUCAUGAUCAUCAGAGUCAUCUUUUCCUUUACUUCCAUUCAAUAGAAAACUGCAACUCCAACCUCUUUGAGACUACACUUUAUUAUUCAACAUGUCCCUUGAUUUGCUGGUAGCAUUUAAAAACAUACUCAUAAACCAGUCACAAACUCUUCAUUGUAUAGUUAUGCAUUUUAUAUUUGCUCACAAGCACUACUGUUACACACUGGCGUCCACUGUGUUGCGCUUCAUAGCUGGGACUUUAAGGUGGCAUGGCUCUGUUACUGUAAUUUAAGUUCCUCUCAAACUGACAGCAGUUUACAGCUGAUGAAUGUUACACAUCUUAGUAGACUAGCUUAGCCAUCUGGGGAGAGGGGGAGGGAUCUGGGUUUAAGAAACAUGAAAAAAGUCAAAAAAAGAUAAACGUCAACCUGGAAAGUGUUGACAUUUGUAGUGUACUACCGUAUCCAUUUAAACUUGAAUCUUGAGGCAAGUGCUAGGCAAUGGCCACACCAUUAUAGAGCCCAUUCAUGUGUGGGAAAGUCCACCCUAAAACCACUUGUCGCUUUGGACCAGUUUUGUCAAUAUUAAAGAUUUAAAGAUUAGCAGAGUUUUUGUGGCGGGCAUUUUUACCUGACCGAGCCUUAGUGUGGCCUUAUCUCUGGGAGAUACUGGACACUGUCACAUGACCACAAGUGACUAAAGCUGUAGUCUUAGCCCUUUUAGGAGGUUGCUCAAAGGCCACUUUCCAAAGCGACUCAGAGUAGAUGUGUUGUUAGGUGGAUUUCCUGUUCAGUCCAAUCAUGCCAUCCCACAUUCAUGGCAAACAGUUGCAAUAUAUAUGUGUGUACAGAUUGGUAUAUAUUUGCAAUUUCAUGCAUUGACAAUACUACACUGGAGACCUCAGCUGUAAACCGUAUGUGACACACCACCACACAGCUAUCCCAUCAUGCUUAGCUUCACCGUGGCGUGUGUGGAGUUGGGAGCAGACCUCUAGAGGCCACCGUCGGCCCAUUCCUAACACUUGCCCCUGUUUUUUUAUGUUCACCAACUUUUUAUGGCGAGAGACAGACAGACUUGACUGACAUCUGAAAGCAUCUUUCAGGUUAUCAUAUGGCUUGCUCAAGCCCUGUUGUAAAAUAUACGAAAAAAUAAUAAUGAUAAUAAUAAUAUGGAUGGGGGUCUCUCACAUAUCAAAUGUGGAAAGUCUAAUUUUAUAUUUGUAUUUUCAAAUAAUAAUAUUGACAAAAAAUGUCUGUGAAAGGUUUCCAUCCUCUACUGUGGUCCAGAAAUUGAUGUGUCUGUCUGGAAAAUAAAUAAAAUAAACUGAAUUGUUAUAUGA